AUGUUACACUCCGUCAGCAAAUACGUAGGCUUUCUACUUCUACCUUUGAUUUUUGCAGUAUGUGUAGCAGCAGGCACGGAAGUGUGUGGUCUAGUACAGGAGGCUAGUAAAAAAGUUUGUGUAGACUCAGGAGGAGUGGCUUCACUAAAGUGGGGUGUGACUCAGCCAGUUGACAUGCUGCGUAUGUGUGUGCAGUUAAAAGAUCGAGAAAACUAUGAAAAUGGAGUGUGUCCACCGGGCUUCCAACCUUUUUUUGCACUUUCUGAUACAGUAUUGAAGCUUCUGGGGAAAGAUGAACUUAAACCUGCCCUUGACCAAUUCGCUUUUGUUGGAAAUCUUUCCAAUGGAAAGUUAUGGUUCCACAUCAAUGUGACUGGUGCAUUUGCUGGUAAAUGGACUUUCUUGGCCCUAGUGAAGUUUCAAGGUGACCCUGUGGCAAAAUGUCACAGAAACCUAACAAGCUAUUACCUAGCAGUCGAAGAUACGAAUUUGACAACUGGGUAUCUUUGUGGACCACCAACCAAAACAUCUGGACAUUCCCCAACCAAGAAAAAUACAACUUUGACAACUGGGUAUCCUCGUGGACCAACAACCAAAAUGUCUGGACAUUCCCCAACCAAGAAAAAUGGAUUGAGUCUUAAAAUUAUUGCAAUUGUGCUUGGUUGCCUUUUUUUUCUGGUACUAGUGCUAGUUGUGGUAAUCUUUGCUAAUUGUUACAAAAUACACCAACAAAGCAGCAGAGGAAAUGGAAUUGGACAAUGUAAGUCCUACUUAGUGUAACCUUACAGGUAGAUUACUUAUUACUUAUUAGAAUCAUACCUAAAAACUAGGGAUAUAUUAUGCUCCCUUUGGAGGUUAAAAUUUUGUUAAAUAAUAUUGGAAAAUCACUGCUCGAGCAGCAUACAUAAUCGACUCAUAAUCACUGGUCGCUCAACAAAUCA